AUGUCAGAUGAUGAAGAUUAAGUCAUCAUAGUUGAAGAGGAUUCUCCAGGGGUAAAGAGUAAGCCGAGUUCAACGAAAUAGUAUGAGAGAUAAUAGAAUAAAAUGGAUAAGAUCGUAAAUGGAAAUAACCCAUUAAUCCAAUAAAUUACAAUAUGUGAAAAGGCUGUUCAAGAGAGAUUUCAUAUUGAUUAGUUUAUAACAAGAUUUUCGAAGGAUCAAAAUAGUGCCAUAUAAUAUUUGAUUGAUAAUUAGGUGAUUGAGAAUACAAAUGAGGACAUAGCGAAAGUGCUAAUGAAUACAAAGGGAUUGAAUAAGGAUUCAAUAAACAAAUACUUUUGUAAACCAGAUCAAAAACAUUAGGAUGUAUUUGAAGCUUAUUGUCAACAAUUUAAUUUAAAAGGUAAGAGCUAUUUGGAUGCAAUGAGAUUAUUAUUAUAGAGAUUUCGAUUAGCAGGAGAAGCAUAAAUGGUAGAUAGAGUAGUCAAAGUAUUUGCAAAGGUUUAUCAUUAAUAAAAUCCUCAUGAAUUUAAGUCAGAUGAUAUCCCAUAUGUACUGGCUUACUCAUUCAUAAUGUUGUCAACUGAUGCUGCUUCUACUAAAAUCUUACCAAAGAAUAAGAUGACAAAGGAGCAAUUCCUAAAAAAUAAUAUUCCAGUAUUUCCAGAUAUCUCACCUAAAUAUUUUGAGGAGGUUUAUGAUUCCAUAACUAGGGAACCAUUCCAAACGACACUAGAUUAUUUAGAAUAGAUGUACAAUCGUAUGAUUUUAUGCAAUGAGAAAAUACAAGGGGAGUAGAUAACUAAAUGGUUGUAAGUAGCAUUUGAUCUAAUGAAAGGAUGCAAUUUGGUUAAAUAUGGAAGAUACAAUGGUGGAUAACCAAGAAAGUUUUUCUUAAGUAGUGAUGAGAAACGUAUAUGUUGGAGAUCCAUAAAUAAUGAUAAUGAACCAGCUAGAUAUAUCAAUAUGUGUGAUGUUCAUGACAUAGCAUUGGGACAAAAUACAACCGAGAUUAUGAUAAAGAAUAAUAUUCCCCCUGAAUUUGACAUAUCAGUUGAUAUAAAGGUGAAUGAUUUGGAAAUUAAAUCAAAAUGGAUCAAUUACUUAAGAGCAGUCAUUAUUAAUCGUAGAGAGAUGGAGGCUAAGAGAGCAGAAGAGAAAUAAAGGAGAUAAGAGAAUGAGGAGAAGAGAUCAGAAAUCUGGAGAAAUGACAUCUUGCCUUUUUGGAGGUCACAUUGGGAUUAUGAACCAAAUAAACCUUUGAAUUAUAAGAAAUAUAUAAGUGUCAAAAAAGAAGAAGCCGUUUAAAAAGCAUAGAAUCAAGCCAAUUCCGCUAGUGUUCUAGAAAGUUUAUGUCGUUGUCUUAAAAAAACUAUCUCCUUGAAUCCUAUCCAGAAUAGAUAGCAAAUUUAAAAUUAACAAUACAGCAAUCAAUCAGAAAUCAAUAAUGGUAGCAAUAUCUAAUAGGAAAUGAUCGUCUAAGGAAAGAAAAAUAAGUCAAUGUUACUAAUGAUCUUAUGGAAACUCGGAUUGCCUGAUUUUGCAAGGAGAACUCUAUGGCCUAUUAUUAUAGGCAACAACCUAAAGAUUAGAGAAGAACUCUAUGCCAUAUUUGUUCGUAAAACUACCAAUAUUUAAGAAGCUAUUAGAGGAGAUAUCAUAAGGGCAAAACAAUAAUAUCCAUUCAUAACUGAUGUAAAAGCCAAGGAAUUAUCAAAUAUCUUACAUGCCUUUAGUAAUUAUAGACCAGAUUUCGGAUACAUACCAGAUUUAAUUGAUAUUGCAGUAGUUCUUAUCAAACAUCUGCAAGAAUACGAUAGUUUCUAGGCCUUGGUCAAUCUGCUCCAUUAAUAUCAUUUCCUAAGUGUCUUUUAAAAUGAUACUAGACAGAUCGAAUGGAGAAUACGAUUCUUUGAAGAGAAUCUAUAAAGAAUUCUACCUUUUGUGUACAACCAUCUUAAGGCCAUUAAAUUAGAAACUAAACUCUAUUUGAUGAAAUGGUUCUUAAAAAUAUUCUUGCAUCAAUUUAAAUUUCCUAUGCUCUCAAGAUUAUGGGAUAAUUUCUUAUUGGAAGGAGAAAUCUACUUGUUCAAAGUUGGAAUUUGUUAUUUGAAAUAUUUCUAAAUAGAAUUGAAAAUGAGUAAUCUCGAUGAGGUUGUGCGUAUUCUUACGAAUUGGUAACCAGAAGUGAACGAGGACUACUUUUUUAUAUAAAUUGAUGAAAUCCCCAUUAAGGAUGACGAUUAUACUAAGUUUUUGGAAUAACAAAAGGCAGCUGUGUUAAAUACACAAAUUCAUUAAACAUUAAUUGAGUCUUGA